AUGCCCACUGUCCUCACACUGGCUGGGUUUAUUCUGGCUCUGUCCAUCCCGAGUGCCAGGCUUGAGUCAGCUGAGCUGAGGUUCCUGGGACAGACGGACUUCGUGGUCAACGAGAGCAGCCGCACCGUGGUCCGCCUGGUGGUGGAGAGGAUCGGAGACCCGGUCAACGUGACCACACUGGUUCUGUUGGAGGGAGAUGACACAGGGGACUUUGAGGCCACCACGGCUGCAGCCUUCCUGCUGUCGUCAGAGGCCAGUAAGACCAUCUUCAUCGCUGUAAGGGACGACGAGCUGCCCGAGGCCGACGAGACCUUUGUCUUCAACCUAAGGCUACAGAGCUCCUCCAAUGGCGUGAGACUGGGGACCCCCAACAGAGCCACUAUCACCAUCCUGUCCAAUGACAACGCCUUCGGAAUAAUUUCCUUCAACUCCACUGAACAGAUUGUCGUGGAUGAGCUUAGAGGUAGGAGCCAGUAUGUGCCUCUCAGCCUGGUCAGAGAGAAGGGGACGUAUGGGACAGUGACGGUCAACUUUGAGAUCUCUGGAGGCCCUAACUCUGCCCUGGAGGACCUCAGUCCAGACCGGGGGAACAUCACCAUCCCACCUGGACGGGCUAUGGUGGUCUUCAGCAUCCUCAUCCAGGAUGACCAGAUCCCUGAGGAUGACGAGGUGUUCACAAUAAAGCUGACGGGCGUGGCGGGCGGGGCACUCCUCAACCCCAACGGCAGCAGCGUGGAGCUGAAGAUCCGUCGUAACGACAGCCCAUUGCGCUUCUCCCUGUCCCUGGUGGCCGUGGCCGAGAACGCCGGGGUCAUCUCCCUGACCGUGACCCGCGGCAGCCUGGCUGACCACGGCCGUCUGGUGGGCUCCGACGACACGGAGGUCUCUGUAGACUACGUGGUCGUCAGUGGCGAAGGGGCGGGCAGCGCCACACCGACAGUGGAUUUUGUGGACCUGCAGACGGUGCACAGGGUGACGUUUCCCCCGCGGGUUUACGAGGUGCAACUGCUCUUCAGAGUCAACGAUGACAAGGUGCCGGAGAUCGCAGAGUCGUUCCAAGUGGAGCUGCUGGAGGAGACUGUGAGAGGAGAUGCCGUGCUGAUCCCUCCCAAAGCCAUCCUGGUCACCAUCGAACCCAAUGACAAGCCACACGGGGUCCUGUCAAUCAGCAGCAGCCCUCUCAUUCAGCCAAUCAGUAUCAACGAGGAUGUGACGGACAGAUUUGACGGUAUCUCCGUUGUGAGGAACGGUGGGAACUAUGGCGACGUCUCCGUCAACUGGACCAUCAGUCGGAACUCCAGUGACCGCUCGCCCGUGUCAGAUGACCUGAGCCCAGAAAGGGGCAUGUUGCGGUUCAGGGCGGGUCAGAUGAGUACGGCCCUGCUGUUGAACAUCACAGCGGACAAGCUUCCAGAGGAGGCCGAGGCCUUCGUCCUCCGACUGCUGCCGGACACUGUGCAGGGAGGGGCCGAGGUGGACGAGCCUAUGGAGAUGGUGUUUUACAUCCAGGACAGUGAUGAUGUGUACGGCCUGUUCCUCUUCCACCCCGAGAAGACCCAGACCAUCCAGAGUCGACCCGACAGCCGCUUCCUGUCCCUCAGCUUUCUGCGGGAGGGGGGUACCCUGGGGGAGGUGGCCCUGUCCCUCACCGCCCUCUACAUCCCUGCUGGGCCCGUGGACCCUGGGCUGGCCCGGGACAGGGUGCUGGACGCUAGCCGCUCUAGUACCGUGCUGUUCUCUCAGGGCCAGGACCAGGCCAGACUCACCCUGCCUAUCCGCAACGACGCCUUCCUGCAAAACGGAGCCCACUUCCUUAUCCAGCUGGACAGUGUGGACCUGGUCAGUAUCAGCCCUCCGAUCCCGUCUGUGAGUCCUCGCUUCAGAGGGGCGGUCAACCUCACCCUCACAGUCACCCCUGACAUCGCAAAUGGGGAGAUUGGCUUUACCAGUAACACUACGGUGGUGGUGUAUGAGCCAGAGGACACCAACACUAGCACGGUGACCCUCAGCCUGCGGCGGGAUGGGACAGAUGGACAGGCUGUGGUAUUCUGGAGCCUUCGACCAAUCGGAGACAACCAGGCUGACGUCACCCCUGACGACCUGAAACCCCUGAGCGGCUCAGUGGUGUUCCUGACUGGACAGAGUGACGCGGUCAUCAACGUCACCGUCAUGGCCGACAACAUCCCAGAGGUCAACGAGACCCUUCUCCUCACCCUGGACAGGACUAACGUUGAGAACCAGAUCCUGAAGCCUGGCUUCACCCGUCGAGAGAUUGUCAUCGUGGAGAACGACGACCCAGGUGGAGUCUUUGAGUUCUCCUCCUUCUCCAGAGGACCCUGGUACAUCAACGAGGGUGAGGCGGUGGAGCUGCGUGUGAUCCGGACCAAGGGGCAGCUGCUCAAACAGCUGGUGCAGUACGCCCUCAUUCCCUCGGGCUACACAGAGUUCUACGGCGCUAUCGGUAUCCUAGAGUUCAAGCCCGGGGAGAGGGAGGUGCUGGUAGCACUGGUGGCACGGCCUGACGGGGUCCCCGAGCUGGAUGAGACAUUCUCGAUGGUACUCAGCAGCUACAGCACUCCAACCAGUCGCCUUGGCGACCACCGAGAGGUCAACAUCACGGUGCGCAGGAACGACGACCCCUUUGGGGUCAUCGAGUUCAUCCGUUCUGGACUGGCAGAGGCCAUCAACGAAAGCAAAGGCUCCCAGUCUCACUCAGUGGCCUAUCCCGUGAUGAGGAACAGGGGUCGCUUUGGGGAGGUGUCAGUGUCCUGGGUCCUAGAGCCCCACAUGUCAGCUGACGUCAGUCCCGUACAAGGAUACAUUGUGUUUGCUGAGGGGGAGUAUAUGAAAAACCUCACCCUCUUCUCUGUACCUGAUGAGAUCCCAGAGGCAAUGGAGAAUUUCACCAUCACUCUCCUUAAUGCGACAGGGGGAGCAAGACUUGGGAACAUACUCAACGCCAGCUUGCACAUAAACAAAAACGAUAACCCGAUUUACUUUGCAGAGCCUGUGGUUGUCAGGCUUCAGGAGGGGGGCGUGGCUAACUUCACCGUUUUGAGGGCUGGUCCGGCUGACUUUGUUGCCACGGUGAUGUAUCGCGUGGACUAUGGCGAGGCGUCACCUCGUGACUUGGCCCCGCUGAGUAACAACACUGUGCUGGUGUUUGGCGUGGGACAAUGGAUGAAGAACAUCUAUGUAGUCGUGGAGGAGGACGACAUACCUGAGACCGAAGAACCGUUCUAUAUCAUUCUCUACAACACUACAGGUGACGCUGUUGUGUAUGGGGCGGACACAGCAACAGUGGUGAUUGAGGCCAAUGAUGAGGCCAACGGAAUAUUCUCCCUGGAAUCGAGAGAGACGCCUGUGAAAGAGGGCAAUACCAACAACUUCUAUGUUAUCAGGGCCAGGGGACACUUUGGCAACGUGACGGUGUUCUGGCGCCUUUAUGCCAAUAACACAGCCCUGGAGCCUGGUCAUGAGUUCAUCAACACCUCUGGCUCCAUCACCUUCACCACGGGAGAGGAGACCAAGCCCAUUGUCCUGCAGGCCAUCUCAGACCAGCUCCCGGAGUUCAACGAGUUCUACGUCCUCAGACUCAUCAACAUCUCAGGUGGUUACCCUGGCGAGGGUGGCCGAUUGGCUACUACAUCCCUCAAUGCAUCCGUCCUGAUACCCUUCAACGAUGACCCCUUUGGAGUGUUCGCCAUAGCUGAUGACAACCUGGACCAGGAAGUGGCUGAGGACGUCCUGUCAGAACUGGACAUGUCUGAUGUCACUUCCUUCAACAUACUGCGGCGGCAGGGCACCUUCGGGGAUGUGCGGGUUGCCUGGGAGAUCGUAUCUGACCGUUUCCCUCUCGGCCUCCCUCCUAUGCAGGACCUCCUUCUCAGCGCCUUCUUCCCCAAGGAGGUGGAGCUCAGGCCCAACUCCAGGAGGCACCACUCAGGCACCGACGCCUGGCUCUUCUCGGGCCGCCAGGGGGCCUACGGCACCAUCAGCCCAGAGGACGGGCUUGGCAACCUGGCUAACUUCACCUUCUCGGCCUGGCUGAUUCCCAGGCUGGACACCAACGGCUUCAUCGUGUCUAAGGGUAACAGUAACAGGACGUUGUACUAUGGGGUGAAGGUCCAGACUAAUGAUUCUCAUGUGAGCGUGACGCUGUACUACACAGCCCUGGGGGCCAACUACACCCAGGUGGCCCGGACCACGGCAGAGAGGUUUGUGGAGGACAACGUGUGGCUCCAUGUGGUGAUCACGGCGGGUGAUGGGAUGAUUGAGUUCUUCCUGGAUGGGAACCUCAUGCCCGGAGGGGUCAAGAGUCUAAAAGGAGAGGCCAUCACUGACGGUUUAGCUCCGGUGCGGAUCGGCUCGGACCCCUACGGAGAGGAGCGUUACACGGGCCUCCUGCAGGAUCUGCGUCUCUACCACAGCAGACUGACUCGCUCAGAGAUCCACGAGCUCCACGCGCAGCCCGCCAAGACGGACCUGAUGAACAUCUCUGGCUACCUGCAGUACAGGCAGGACGAGAGGCAGAAGGCCUUUGUGGUGAAGGUGCGGGACGACAAGGAGGAGGAGGGGGAGGAGGUGUUCUACUUGCAGCUGGUGGCGGCCCACGGGGGGGCGCGCCUCCCCCUCCCCCGCCCCACCGCCACCCUACGGGUGAUGAAGAGUGACAACGCCAACGGCUUCUUUGGCUUCACCGGCACCUGCAUACCAGACACGUCAGAGGAAGGCUCCACCAUCUCCUGUGUUAUUGAGCGGACGCGCGGGGUUCUGGACCACGUCUAUGUGAACUACACGGUCACUCAGCUUAACUCAGACAGCCAGGCUCCGGCCCACCAGGACUUUGCCAAUGCCAGCGGCUCGGUGCUCUUCCUUCCCGGUCAGCGCUCUGAGGUCCUGAACCUGCUGGUGUUGAAUGAUGACACCCCUGAGUUCGCAGAGUCCUUCCAGGUCACUCUGGUGUCAGCAGAGUCAGGCGAUGGGAAGCCAGGCUCCACCCCCACCAGUGGGUCCAGCAUCAAUCCUGACCACUCAGCUACCAGUGUCACCGUCAUGGCCAGCGACCAUCCCUACGGUCUGCUCCAGUUCCAACGGAGCCUGCCGGCUGAGGGCAUAAUCCGCCCGGCAAGAGAGCCUGCCCACGUCACGGUCAACGAGGAUGAUGGCGAGGUUCGCCUGCUGGUGGCCAGGGCCCAAGGCCUCCUGGGAAGAGUCAUGGUCGGCUACAGGACCUCACCGUUUACCGCCGCCAGCCCCGAGGACUAUGAGGACUCAGACGGCAUGCUAGACUUCUUGCCAGGAGAACGCUUCAAGUACAUCAGUGUGACCGUCAUAGACAACCCCGUCCCUGAGUUGGACAAGGUGUUCAGAGUGGAGCUCUACAACCCUGACGGAGGAGUGGGUCAGUUCCUUCGAAGUGAAGGCAGUGGCAGUGGAGAAAGUGACACUGACUUCUUCCUCUUGUCCUCUCACCACCGUGCCAGCUUGGGAGUUGCCUCCCAUAUCACUGUGACCAUCGCUGCCUCUGACGACGCACACGGAGUGUUUCAGUUCAGCCUGGACUCUCUGUCUGUCAAUGGCACUGAGCCUGAGGAGGGACGCAGCAUUGUGCUGCUGCAGGUGAUGCGGUUGUUUGGUGCCUUGUCCAACGUAACUGUAUUCUGGGAGGCUGAUGUCAGCUCUGAGGAAGACCUCAUCAGCAGGGCCGGGAACAUCACUUUCCACGUGGGCCAGACCAGGGGGGAGAUUGAGCUACAGGUGGCCCAGGACGAGGUGCCGGAGCUGGACAAGAGAUUCGGUGUGUCCCUAGUCAACGUCUCCCAUGGGCGUCUGGGUGUGAGGACUGAGGCCACUGUGACCGUGCUGGCCAGUGACGACCCCUAUGGAGUGUUUGUGUUCUCGGAGAGCAGCAGGCCGGUCCGCCUGCCUGAGGGCCACACCCUGGUCACCCUCACCAUCUACAGGCAGAGGGGGCUGAUGGGAAGGGUGCGCGUUACGUACGGGACCCUGAGUGAGGCUGACGCCGCCCCCUUCAUGACCCCGGGGGUGGGCCGGGCCAACGAGGGGAAUGACUUUGUCCCCCUCCUGGAGUCGGUGGUGUUCACAGCCAAUCAGAGUGAGGCUAAAGUAACCCUUCGAGUGCUGGAUGAUGAAGAGCCUGAGAGGGAUGAGUCUGUAUUCAUGGAGCUGAUCAGUGUCAAUCUCAUAGGAGGAGGACAGCAUGAGAGAUUAAUUGUCCAGUCUCCUCGUCUUGGUCCGAAGGCAGAGAUCGUGGCCCAGGUCAUAGUAGAGGCCAGUGAUGACGCCUUUGGGUUUCUGCAGCUGUCCGCCCCUGCCGUCAACGUGGCCGAGAACUAUGUUGGACCCAUUAUCAAUGUCACACGCAUUGGGGGAAUUUUUGCUGACGUAUCUGUGAAGUUCAGAGCUGUACCAAUGACUGCCAGAGUUGGUGACGACUACAGCGUAGCGUCCUCUGACGUGGUUCUCCUGGAGGGGGAGACCAGUAAGCCAGUUCCCAUCUACAUCAUUGAUGAUGUGAUUCCUGAGCUGGAGGAGACCUUCCGCAUCGAGUUGCUCAACGUCACCACAGGGGGUGCUAAACUGGGGGUGCUCACCCGCACCAUCAUCACCAUCCUGCCCUCCGACGACCCCUUUGGGGCCUUUGCAUUCCAGGUGACACUGCCCAUCGUGCGAAACGCUGGAGCCAUAGGGACCGUGGUUGUCCAGUGGCGAGCCACGGUGAACGGCAGAGCAGCAGUAGGGGACCUCCAGCCUGUGUCAGGAGAGGUCACCUUUGCGCCAGGAGAAACUAUGAAGACGUUGAAAGUUGAGGUCCUAGCAGACRAUGUGCCGGAAAUUGAGGAAAUAAUCAAGGUGGAAUUGWCUAGUGCCACUAAUGGAGGAAACAUUGGAAGAGACAAAACAGUCAAUAUCAUUGUCCCAGCCAAUGACAACCCGUAUGGAACGGUCUACUUUGAGCAGUCUGUGUAUCAAGUGCAGGAACCUCUCGAGGGAAUUUUUGUGGCCAACAUUACUGUCCGUCGAAGUGGUGGUCAUUUUGGCCGAGUGGAGGUCCUCUACAGCACCUCAGAGAUAGACAUAGUGAGCAUGRCCCAGACUGAAGGCCMGAACCUGCUGUUGUACUACAGCCCCCCGGUGUCAGGAGUGCCCUCUGGCGCCCCCCGCAGGCCAGUCAACAUCAGCUCCCAAGGGGACCCCCUGGUUGUCUGUGCUGCUGCCUGCCUAAGGGAGAGAGCCUGCCAGGCCUUUUCCCUGUCUCUUCCUGGGGGAUCUUCCCCCAUGGCCUCCUGCACCUGGGUGACCAGCGGGGCCGCCCAGCUGACCGCGUCCGCCCAGACCCUCACCUACACCAAAAACACCACGGCCACCACCGCUCUCUUCAGCUCGCAGGCCGUGGCGGGGAGUGACUACACUACGACAGCACAGACAGCCAUCUUGGAGGACGGCUCAGGUGAAGCCAACCUGACCGUGCCCAUUCUGACGGACAAACUCCCCGAAAUGGACGAGAGCUUCUCCAUCCGCAUCCUGAAGGUGGUGCUGGUGAAUUUGACGGUGGCUCAGAAGAACCUGCCCUCCAUAGGGCAUCCGGACAAGGCAGUGGUCACAAUAGGCAUGAAUGGGGAUGCCUUUGGGGUGUUUCUCAUCUACAGCCUCAGCCCUAAUGCUACACAGGACGGGCUCUAUCUGGAGGUGAGGGAGGRGCCACGUGUGUCAGUACCCCUGGUCAUAGAGAGGAGGGGGGGCAGCCUAGGGCAGGUGACUGUGGAGUGGAGGUUCGUGGGUGGAAUGGCUACACCGGGCACUGACUUCACCGGGACUGGAGAAACACUUGUCUUUGCCGAUGGCGAUUUUAAGAAGAACAUUGAGAUAGUGAUCGUGGAUGAUUUGGAGCCCGAGGACAGCGAGAAUCUGAUGGUUGGCUUGGUGAAGACUGCGGGAGGCAGUCGGAUCCUGCCCAGCUCAGACACGGUCACCAUCAUCAUCCUGGCUAACGACAACGUGGCUGGGGUGGUGGGCUUCCACUCAGCCUCACGCUCUGUUAUCGCCAGAGAGGGGGAGAGGCUGCCCCUGCUGGUGAGCAGGACAGCUCCUGGGCUGGGGAACGUCACAGUAGACUGGGCCAUUCAAGGACCCCGCGUUGGCAGGACCUUCACACCCACCUCAGGACUACUAUUCUUCACUGGGGGAACACUGGACACCACCAUAGUCCUCCAGCUGCUUGAAGACUCAAAACCUGAGGAGAAGGAGCUGUACAGGGUGAUCCUGUCCAACGUCCGCACAUAUGGUGUUCUGGUAACGGGUCACGGAGCGCUGGAUGACCAGGGGCGCGAGGCGGUGGUUACCGUGGAGACCAGUGAUGGGCCGUUUGGGAUGCUUAGCAUCGCCCCGUCCUCCCUCAGUCUGACCACGGAGGAGCGCGACGGCACCCUCAAUGUCUUCAUCAACAGAGAGUUUGGGGCUUCAGGGGUAGUGAAUAUCAGCUAUGAGACGGUCCGAGGAUCCCUCCAGGACCUUUCCCAGGUGGAAGGGGGCGGGGCCCUGGCUGAACCAGGACAGGACUUCCUCUCUGUAUCGGGCUCAGUGAUCCUGCAAGAUGGACAGAUCUCUGUGGCCAUCCCUGUCACCAUACUGGAUGAUGACAUCCCUGAGUUGGAUGAAUUUUUCCUGGUCAACGUAACGUCUGCAGUACUCAUCACCACCCUCACACCCGGUCCUAAACUAGAUACACAUGGUUUGGUGGCAGAAAUCAGCAUUGGUGCCAAUGAUGGAAUUCGAGGUGUCAUUGAAUGGACAAAUACUAACUUUGAGGUGAAUGAGACCAUGGGUAUGCUGAACCUGGUGGUCUACAGGAGCUCAGCGACCUACGGAAACGUGUCACUCUUCUUCUACACUCAGAACCUGGAAGGUCAGCUGGGUCUGGACUACAAUGCCACACCAUCGAUGCUCCACUUCGCUGAUGGCGAGAGGCAUCAGUUUGUUGAGGUGCAGAUCAUUGAUGACGUCAUCCCAGAGGGAGCUGAAAGGUUCCAGCUCAUUCUGGCUAAUCCAUCAUCUGGGCUAAAGCUGGGAGCCAAUACCACAGYAACGGUGAACAUCUUGGCCAGCGACGAUGGCCACGGUGUCAUAUCCUUCAACAGCAGCCAGCCCUUCCUGCUGAGGGAGCCCACGUCSCUGUCCGGGCUGGGGGAGAGCGUUGCCACCCUGUACGUUGUGCGUGACCCACCCCAGGGCACCUUCGGCACCGUCACUGUCCAGUUCACCAUUACAAACGCCAACGGAACACUGGCCCAGGACGACCUCAUACCCUGGCAGGGCUUUGUGGUGCUGGAGGACGGAGUCAAGGUCAAGACUUUGGAGAUCUGGGCAGUUCUGGACGCUGAGCCUGAGGUGAACGAGACAUUCACGGUGACCCUGUCCAGUCCAACUGGAGGGGCGCGGCUUGGAGACACACUCUACACAGGCAUCACUGUGCUGCAAAACUCCGCCCCUCUGGGCCUCUUCCGCAUCGCCUCCUCCCUCAACAGGACUGAUAGCUCUGUGGUGGGGAAGGAGGGCGGUAGGACCGUGUUCUUGACUGUGUCCCGCAGUAAAGGUCUGGAGGCAGCGGUCAGUGUGGAGUGGGAUACUCAGUCGGACACAGCUGUUGCCGUGGAGGGGAGYCUUCCAGUGAUGGCAGUGUAUCAGAUCUUCUCAGAGACCCCCACCUCAGGCUGGUGUUCCCUGGCUGGUGGAGCCUCUCCUCUGGCCAUGAGGCUAGACAGGCCCUCAACUGGAGGCUCCAACCAGACCCACGCCACUCUUUACAGGUGGCAGGGGGUGUUGGUGCCUAUACAGUCGGUGACGAUCCAAGACCCUGGGAUGUGUGUGGGUUUCUCUGUGAACGGCUCAUCCUAUGUAGCGAUCACACAUGGCGCCCUCCCGGACUACCCUGCUGUCAACCUCAGCCUGUUCAGAGUGCAACAGGACCUCAAUCUAACCCUGGAACAAUCACUGGCUGUUGAAGCUCUUGAUGUUAAACACUUCUCCAUUGAAAAAAGACACUACUUGAUUGCCUCAAGCCAGGUGUUCGUUUGGACCGGAAGUGUCUUGGCUCUCCAUCAGAGCCUGGAGCUUCAGGGUGUCCUCAUCGUGUCUCCCUUCUCCCAUGGGACCAGCCUCUACCUGGUUGUCUGUGUGAGGAKAAAGACGGGCGACGGCUGUGUGCUGUUCCAGUGGAGUGGAGGGCACUUCCAGAACCCUAGGCCUCUGCCUGUCAGCAGCAGAGCUCAACAAGUAGAGUCUCUCAACAAAGGAGCAGACACUCUUCUUUUGGUCGUCACCGAAGGUGACCUCAUGUUCCUUUCCUCCUGUGAGGUGUUUGUAUGGGGUUCCCAGCAGCUGUUCCCCAGCACAGCCAGUCUAUCCCCAUCCUGGCCUGGCCUCUGCCCAGCCUUCACUCUACCCUCAGGGAUCACCCAUCUCCUGCUGGCCGGGAGCAACGGCUCAGCGCUGUACACCUGGAGGUCUGACAUCAUGCUGUUUGCCCUGGUGCUCACGUCUCCUCCAGCCUCCAAAUUCCUCUCUCUCCCUUUCCCCUACAUCAACACCACUAAGAGCCUCCUAGCAGCCACCGAGCCCUCAGGCACCACUAUGUAUGAGCUCACCUCUGUCUCCAACCGUUCUGACUUCAUACCCAGCUAUGGCGAGUUGCGUUUUGUGCCUGGUGACCGGGAGUUGGAGAUUGCGGUGAACGUCGUCGACGACGAUGUCCCAGAGGAGGACGAACAGUUCCGGGUGGUCCUGAAGAAUCCCAAGGGAGGGGCUGAGAUUGGCUUUGGUGGUCAGGUGACCGUGCUUAUUCCAACCAAUGAUGACGCCCAUGGAGUCAUAGGCUUCACACAGGGCUCUCUAUCURUGGAAGUGGAGGAGUUGACGAAGGGCAACCCUAUCUCUCUGAGUGUUGAGAGGAGGAGAGGGACCUUCAGGAGACUGACCAUCCACUGGGCAGCCAACGGCAGUCUGGAAGACAUCUUYCCCACGUCAGGAGUGGUGACRUUUUCCCAGGGCCAGGUGGUGGCUACCAUCUAUCUGACCGUGCUAGCAGAUAGCAUCCCUGAGCUGAAGGAGAGGGUCACCAUCACCCUGCUGGAUGUCACCACAGUGGGCCUAGACCAGCUCUCCAGGGGGGCGCUGAUUGACCCCCAGAGAGCACAGGCCCUCCUCACCAUCUUGCCCAACGGCUCACCCUACGGGUUGAUAGGCUGGCACCUGGACUCCCAGUACCUCCUCACACAGGAGCCUCAGACGAGUCCCACUAAUGUCACGCUAACCAUUGUGAGGGAGCAGGAGGCUUCUGGGGAGGUGGCAGUGCACUACCAGACAGGACCAGCCCUAUCCAAGCCCCCCUCCAACCAGGCCAGCACYCCACAGGACUACACACCCCGGGAGGGCACCGUCAUCAUGAAGGAGAACGCCACCCUUGCCCUCAUCACCAUCACCAUACUACCGGAUGAGGCUCCAGAGCUGGCUGAAAGUUUCCUGGUGAACAUCACAGGCGUGGAACUAGUGGGGGGGUUGACUGGGGCGGCCCAGCCCAGUGUGAAGAGGCCUGGCAUGGAGGUGGCUGAGGUCACCAUCCAGGAGAACGAUGACCCACGGGGGGAACUGCAGUUCAACGUCUCCCAGGAAGAGUCUGGAGAGUUGCUGGCCUAUGAGGUGGCUCCGCCCAGAAACGUCCUCCGUCUAGCAGUGGUGCGAUUGGCUGGCAGGACUGGGAGAGUGGUGGUGUACUGGGAGGCUCAGCCAAUCACUGCCAGGCUCGAUGACUUCACUCCCUCUUCUGGGAAUAUCACCUUUCAAGAUGGACAGGGACAGGCCAUCAUAGACAUCAGCAUCGUGGAUGACACGGAGGUGGAGUCUGUGGAGCGCUUCAGUGUGACUCUAAUGCGUGUGAUUGGUGGCGCCAGGCUGGGGGUGGCGAUCUCUGUGACAGUCACCAUCCCACCCAACGAUUCACCCCUGGGCAGCUUCGGCUUCCAGGAGAAGACUUUCACUAUCAGCGAGCCAGAAUUCACUAGUGACCCGGCUGCCAUGGCAACGCUGACGGUGGUGCGAAGUGCAGAAGGCGARGGGGCGGUGACACUGAUGUGGCGCCUGGAGGACACUGCCCGGGACGACCUUUCACCUCUCAAUGGAACACUGGUCUUCAAUGAGACAGAGUUUAGGAGAACGCUGGUGAUCCGGGCUCUGGCUGACGCUGUGUUGGAGGGAGACGAGAGCUUCACUGUCCAGCUCCUGGCUGCCAAGAGUGGUGCUGUAAUCGACCCCGUUAAUGGGUCAGCCACCGUCACCAUCCUGGGAGACCGUGCAGCCCUGGGAAUAGUGGGGAUCGCUGAGGCUUCCAGGAACGUCCUCAUCGGAGAACCUCAGGGAGACUAUAAUGGGACUGCUCUGGUCAGCUUGUACGCGUGCCCUGGCAUCUUUGGAAGAUCCGGUGUACUGGAACAUCACUCUCUGCCUGUGUCCUCUGAGUUUGAGGAGCUGUCUGGCGUAACCACUGAGGGACACGACAGUCCUGCCGCACCCAUACGCCUAAAAGUCAAUGUGACAGUGGUGCGCUCCAUGGGCGGUUUGGGAGUGUGGGUCAAUGUGACAGUGGUGCGCUCCAUGAGCAGGUUUGAGAGUGUGUGGGUGAACCCCUUCUCUUCUCCCCCAGUCAAUGUGACAGUGGUGCGCUCCAUGGGCAGGUUUGAGAGUGUGGUCAAUUUGACAGUGGUGCGCUCCAUGGGCAGGUUUGGGAGUGUUUUGGGUACCUACCAGACAGCAGGCAGUGUAGCGGUCAGUGGAGUGGACUUACCGCGCUGCUCGAGGCGACCUAUGAGCUUCUACCUCAACAUCACCACAGUGGAGCUCCUCAAUGACAGUAAUGUGGACUUCAGUGUGAGGGAGCACGGUCUGCAACGAGACCAGCCUCCAGCCAUCGGCAAAGUUUCCUCCGUCAUGAUCGUCAUCCAGAAGAGUGACAACUCAGAGGGCAUUCUGGAGUUCCUCCCUGACUAUGUCAACAUCACAGUGGAGGAGGAUGUGGGCAGUGCGUCCAUCCCGGUGGUGAGGAGGGUGGGUUACUACGGCCUGGUCACAGCAGAGUACAUCUCUAGGGGUCUGACUGCCAGGGCCGGCCUGGACUACAUCCUGGCCAACGGCUCGCUCACCUUCCUCCACGGCCACAACACCAGUCACAUCAACGUGUCCAUUAUAGACGACCAGGACAGAGAGGACGCCGAGACGUUUGAGAUCCAGCUGUCGGGUGCCACGGGCGGAGCCAUACUGGGUACUCAUCUGAUUGCCAGGGUUACCAUCGCCAAGAGCGACUCGCCCAAUGGCGUGGUCCGUUUCCUGAACGCGAGCGUGAUCACCCUGGUGAACCCCAACAGUAUCCUGAAGUUCAGCCUGCUCCUGGAGAGGGCGGGGGGGUUUGUAGGCAACGCUACGAUAACAUGGAGCAUUCUGGGUCCCAACACCAAAGAGGUSUUACCACCCGUAAACACAGACGUUGGAGAUCCUGUGAACGGAUCAUUCCAUUUCAGAGACGGGGAGGGGGGAUUGCGCACCAUUGAUCUGAGGAUUCUACCCCAUGGGGAGGUGGAGGUGGCGGAGACCUUUGUGGUCGUGCUUCAACUCCUCUCAGGUGACAUGGACAUUGACCCCCGAGCUGGCUCUGUCACACUCAAGAUUGAGAAGUUUGGAGACCCUAAUGGCAUAGUUGAGUUGACAGAGGAGGACCUUAGAGAGCGUGUGUACAGUGAGCCCACAGCCGGCGAGGGGCCGCUCAACAUCUCCCUGCUCAUCACGCGCAGACAAGGUGUUAUGGGCAACGUCACGGUGCACUGGCAGAUCCUGAGUGACUCUGACACAGCGGGGGACUUCUCGGCCCUCAGCGGCUCCGUGGUUAUCCUGGAUGGUCAGAGAGGGGCAGAGGUGGUCCUCACUCUUCUACCCGACGCCGUGCCCGAGCUGGAGGAGCUCUACAUGCUCCGGCUGAGCUCCGUGGAGGGUGGCGCCACCCUGGACACCAACCGCAGUACCACCCUCUUCAGGGUGCGUGCUAACGACGAGCCGCACGGCGUGUUCGGCCUGGCGGCGGAGCGGCAGGCGGUGGUUGUGGUGGGGAGGGGGGCCGGGUUGGUCAGACUCCUGGCCCUGAACGUGACGCGCCAGGCUGGGGCCUUCGGCAACGCCAGUGUGGGCUACCGGAUCAGUACUGGGCCUGGGCUGAAUGGACAGGAGCUGCUAGGUGGGGCGGCUGUGGGGAGAGUCCUGAUCAAGCAUGGAGAGUAUUCAGCCUCUGACUCUGUGCCAAUCAGUACUCAGGUGUUUCUCUCAGUGGGUGUGAACUUUACUUUGGAGCUUACAGACGUGAGCCUCCUGGGACCUCUCUUCAGCUCCCCACCUCGCCUCCUACUGGAGGCCAGGGUCGCCAUAGUGACCGUCCCAGAGGAAGCAGCCAGUGCUGAGGUGGGCUUUGUCUCGUUGGCGUUGCAGGUCUCCAGUGUGGAGACGGGUGUGUGUGAGGCGCUGGUGUACAGGACGGGGUUAUUUGGGGAGGUGAGGGUGGAGUGGAGCGCAGGGUACCCCCCCGGACAGGCUCCGUUAGGAUUCAGGCCUGGAGUCAUCACCCCCAGCUCAGGCUCGGUGACAAUGGCCCAUGGAGAGAGGAGCAAGGCUGUGUCCCUCCAGGCGCUCUCUAAUGUGUCUGAGCCAGCGGCCUUCGCCCUCCACCUCACUGCAGCCGGCUCCAGCUCCCCUGCUCCUGGGGUAGCUAGACUCCGGUCAGGGUUCACGGUGGCAGAGGUUGAGCCUCUGGGGCUGUACCAGUUCGCUCCGGACUCCCGCCAGCUGGUCAUCGAGGAGGACGUGCAGACCAUCACCCUCUACGUYCAGCGGCUCUAUGGUUUUCGUAGCAACCGUACCCGCCUGUCUUACCAGACRGUGUCGGGCAGUGCCCUGGCCGGACAGGACUUCGCUGGAGUGCGGGACGGAGAGCUGUUCUUUGACUCACCUCGCCAGACSUCCGCCUUGCUCCGGUUGUCCGUUCUGGACGACGCACUCUUGGAGCCAGACGAAACCUUCUUUGUCAACCUGACAGACGUCCAGGUACUGAGUGGGGGUGGUGACCCCCAAUCGGGUGACCCCCGGCCCCAUCUCAUCCCACAAYACAGUGUGGCCACCGUUACCAUCCUGGCCAGCGACGUCACGGUGGGGGUGCUGAGCAUCGGGCCGGGACUGGUUGAGACAACAGAGGACAGGGAGGAAGGGAGCCAGCAGGAGAAGAGAGUGCUCCUCAGGGUCCAUAGGUCUAGCAGUCUGGCUGGGUCAGUGAGGGUCAAGGUGCAGGCUUAUGGAGGUGGGAGUGUUGGGGGUCCAUCUCUUCCCUUUGCUCCUGAACACAACAAGACCCUGGCCCUGGUGGGGCAAGACUUCAAGUUGGAGUCCACCCUGGUGUCACUGCAGGAGGGGCAGAGUGAGGCCGAGGUCAGCCUCAUCAUCCUGGACGACUCUGAGCCCGAGGGACAGGAAGUGUUCUUCAUCUACCUCAGCGACCCAGAGGGAGGUGCGCAGAUCGCAGAUGGGCCCAACCAGCAGGGCUUCAGCUCCUUUGCCAAAAUCAUCAUCCUAGGGAGUGAUUUCCAUAACGGGAUAGUGGGUUUCAGUGUGAGUUCUCUGCUGGGUCAGGUUCUGGACGAGGACUCAGAAGUAAACAGAACAGCCCUACUUUACUUGCAGAGACAACAGAACAGGGCCUUUGAGGACGUUGAGGUGAAGUGGCGGGCCACGUUUAGCAGGGCGGGGCCAUCCCUGGUCAACAACGGAGUGAACCUGACACGGGAGCUGUGGCAGACCUCAGGCAAAGUGCUUUGCAGGAGAGGACAGGUCCUCUGUGUCUUCAGCAUGGAGGUCCGACAGGACCAGGUGAGUCCCAGUGCGAUCAGCAGGGCGGCAGUUGUCUGGGUGGAGCUGUUCCGUGCAACUGCUGAGCAGAUCCUGGAGCACCCUGUCCAAGCUGAACAUCACCCUCACCCCGACCAGGCCUCCUCCAACCCCCCGCCGAAGCGCUUUCACGUGGAGCUGUAUGGGCCAGUGGAGGCCAGGGUGCACCCUGAGUACGGCCUGGCCAACGUGACCCUGGUGUCGCACAGAGCCCAGGCUGUGUGGGCCCUGUUGGACCAGCUCCAGCAGCCUCUACAUACCAUACUGGACAGGGUGCUCCAGGAUCUGCUCAGCAAGUUCACGGAACAGCUCACACCAGAACAACUGACCGCCAUUCUCUCUCUGCUUGGCCAGGUGCUUACGGAGGCAGAGCGCACCCCUAUUGCGGACAGCAGCCGUGGCUUGACCUAUGACCUACUGUGUGCCAUGGCCAACCCCAGCCGAGUUGACACAGGGGGCCUGAGCCAACUGGCAGAGGUGGCCGAGCGCUUCGCCUUCUCCCUGCUCACACACAGCCAGUGUGGAGCACAGGCUCAAAGGGGGAGGACCAUUCUGGACACUUGUGCCUACAUUUCCAUCUCUUCCUACCACUGGUACCCUACCCAGAUCAACGGGCACACGUUCACAGGCAAGAACUCAGACACCUUUCAGUUGCCAGAGAACCUCCUGGAGGUGCCAGCCUUGCCCACUGGCACCAUCUCCCCCUCAGCCUGCGGCCGGGUGCAGCUCACAGAGUACAGCACCGAACACUGGUUCCUCACCGACAAAACCACCGCGCUCAACGGCAAGGUGUUCUCUGCCAGCCUGCAGGGCCGAGGGUCACGACCCCUGACUGAGGGUAACGAGGUGGUGUACCGUAUCCACACCCCCGGGUUGAGGGUCAAACCUGGCCAGUCUCUGUGCCUUCUGUGGAGCCAGGCUGUUGAGAGCUGGCUGUCAGACGGGCAGUUCUGCAGGGUAGUGGAUGACAGUGGGAACUAUGUGGAGUGUGCAUGCUCCCACCUGUCUGUGUACACGGCCCACGCCCAGAUGGCUUCCCUGGCCUCCUACAACGAGGCCUUCUACGCCUCAGGCUUCAUCUGCAUCUCAGCUUUCGUCUUGGCCAUCGUAUCCCACCUGCUGUGUUCUCGCUUCCCCAUGUUUGCUGCCAAAUUGCUCACCCACAUGAUGGUAGGCUGCCUUGGGACACAGAUCUGUUUCCUGGUGUCUGCGUUUCGUGGCCGUGUCUACUCAGAGGACAGCUGUGCCGUUCUGGGCCUCUUCUCCCACUACUUCCUCCUGAGCCAGUUCUGCUGGAUGCUACUCCAGGCAGUAAACUUCUGGCAGGUGUUGGUGAUGAACGAUGAGCAGACAGAGAGACGUUACCUGGUCUACUUCCUGCUGGGCUGGGGACUUCCUGCUCUGGUCAUCAUCAUCCUGGUCAUCGUUCUGCUGGGGGGCUUUGGCUGGACCAUACACAGUGUCUACGGCCUGGUCCAUGGGGAUGUGUGUUUCAUUCCUAAUAUCUAUGCUGCUCUGGUACAGGCAGCCCUGGUGCCUCUCAUCUGCCUGGUUGGGGUACUGGUGGUGUUUAUCCAUGCCUACCAGGUCACACAGCAGUGGAAGGCCUACGACGACGUGUACCGCGGGCGCACCAACAGCUCAGAGGUGCCCAUGGUGCUAUACCUGUUUGCCCUGGUGUCCCUGGUGUUGCUGUGGGCAGGACUACACAUGGGCUACAGAUACCUGUGGAUGCUCAUCCUCUACGUCAUCUUCAACCUCCUGCUGGGCCUGUACGUGUUUGCUGUGUACUUCCUGAUGCACAACCAGCUAUGUUGGCCAGCCAAGGCUAGCUACACGGUGGAGAUGAACGGCCAGGGCAGUCCAGACUCCGCCUACCAGGGAGGGGGUGCCGCCACCAUAGGGGGGGAGAUCAACAAGUCCACCCAGAACCUCAUCAGAACCAUGGAGGAGGUGUCCGCGGACUGGGAGCGUGCGUCUCUGCGUCCGGACAGCCAGCCCAGCAGUGUGUUUAAGCAGAGCCCUCAGGGCGGAGCCUACGCCACCAACGGAGGUUUCAUCAACACCAACCUAGUGGCCGACCAUGAGUCCCAGGACUUUGAUGACCUCAUAUUUGCCUUAAAAACUGGAUCGGGCCUUAAUCUGAGCGACAACGAGUCGAUCCCCGGGAGCCAUGACGAUAGGAGUACGGCCCCGUCUCAGAUAGUAGAACUAAGACGUAUCCCCAUCGCAGACACACACCUCUAACCUCACACGUUUUUAUACCACAGAGAACAACACAAGUGUUUUUAUAUUUCUACUGCCUUUGCACUAAAACAUCACGUUUUUUUUAAUAGAGUAGUUUUGGUUUUUCGUCAGUUGUUUGAUGUCAUGAAAGCCGGUGAUGUUUUGGUCUGUUUUUAUAUGAAUAUAUCAAUGUGUUACUAAAUGAAUGUGUAAAGGUUCUCGACAGAGUUUUUUAAGCUGAUUUGAUCUUUCCUGGGUGUAAAUUCUUUUGUAUAGUUUUUAGGACAAAAGCCAGCACCCUCAAACCUGCUGCUAAGGUUUCUGUAACAUUGUUAAUAAAUAUUUCAACAGAUA